ACCAGCUGGAAUUUUUGCUGCAGGAAUAAACCUGGAUUCUGGUUUCCUUCUGUGAAGUUUGUGGAUAAAUGGCCAGACAGGAGAGUUUUGCAGGUUUUGGCAUAGUUCAACAUAAUAACUAUUACUGCUGCUGGCAAAGAGUGAAGACAGAGCUCCAGCCCCGCCAUUGUGACCACUGUGGCAACUGCUGUGACCAACAGCACAGCUCUUACCCUCUUUCUGGUUAUUGCUAUGGUUGUGCUGUGGAUGGAGAAGGACACGGGUUGAUUUCUGCACAUGAGACCCCUCAACACACAGCUGAAACUUCGAUUAUGCCUGAG